AUGAACGAUACGGCAAGCAGUUAUAGUAGUAUUCUUAUAGCUGUAUCAUAUCAGUUGAAUAUCUACUUCGGUUCAUUUCUUUUGGUGGCAGGUAAUAUUGGCUGCAUGGGAAAUAUUAUUUUAUUUCGAUCUCCAACUUUGCGUGCACGAGCUUAUUCCAUUUAUCUCUUCUGGGAAGCAGUCUCGGAUUUUCUUUACUUUAACUUUGUAUUGAUGACACGAGUACUUCAAAGAGGAUUUCGAAUUCCAAUUCUUACACGUUAUGAUGUCCUAUGUAAACUUCGAGUAUUUUUAACCGACUGGAGUAAUCAAGUGUCAUUCAGUUUUUUCGCAUUUGCAACAAUCGAUCGGCUUUUAUCUACACAACGUUCAAAUAAAUAUCGCCAGUGGAGUAAUCGUGCUGAUCUGGCUCUCAAAAUCUGUUUGAUAUGUGCGUUCGUUUGGCUAUUAGUUUUCGGUCAUCGAUUGAUUCUAUAUAGUGCUACCAAAGGAGCAUGCAUUCCUCUACCAGGAUUCUAUGCCUAUUUCGAUGCGUACAAUGAAAUAUUUUUCAAAGCAAUAUGUCCACCAACCGUGAUGAUUAUACUUGCUUACUUAUUGAUACAAAAUGUGCGUGGCGUUUCUCAAAGACAGAUUGCUCCCACUAGUAAUGGAACACCAGCAAACUUAACACAGAGAUCAGCACUUCAACUGAUGGAUUCUCGGCUGACAUUGAUGCUGAUGUUGCAGUCAUUCGUUGUUUUAAUAACAUAUAUACCAUUUGCAACUCAACUUAUGUAUUCUAAUAUAACUCAAUAUUGCCCGAAGUCAACUUUGCGAAAUGCUCAAGAAAGCGUUUUCGCUGAAUUAACUCAUUUAUUGUCUUACACAUUUUUUGCCUCGAGUUUCUACGUAUCGAUUAUUACAAAUGUUGGUUUUCGUC